UGAAAACGACACGAAGUAGUAGAAAAUGUAUUCUUAAAUAGUUUGCAGUUACAUUUGGGGGUAUGGGUUGAGGUGCUAAGGCUUCGUUAGAAAUUAAGUUCUGAAAUAAAUUACUGACAGUGUAACAUACAAGACAAUUGACAAAUUGCUGACAUUGUAACAGACAAGACAAUUGACAAAUUGCUGACAUUGUAACAGACAAGACAAUUGGCUCUACAUGCCUUAGACAUCGAACUCUUGGCACUAUAUGUCUAUUAUGAAAUACAUAAAAAUGCAUUUGAAGCAUCUGAAAACAACAGUACCUCCACAGGAUGGUGCUGCCAAAAUUACAGCCAUGGCAUGGGCUCCUAACAAUAACAAGAUGGCUAUUGUAUCAACAGAUCGUGUUGUUGUAUUAUUUGAUGAAAAUGGUGAGAAACGAGACAAAUUUGCCACCAAACCUGGUGAUUCAAAGACUGGAAAAAAAGGGUAUCAAGUGAAAGGUCUUGCAUUUUCACCUGAUUCCACCAAGAUUGCAAUUGGACAAACUGACAACAUAGUUUUUGUUUACAAAAUAGGAGAAGACUGGGGAGACAGAAAAGUCAUAUGUAAUAAAUUUUUACAACAGAGUGCAGUGACUUGUUUAAUAUGGCCACCAGAAAAUCAGUUUAUUGUUUUUGGUCUUGCAGAUGGAAAGGUUCGAGCUGCUAAUUUGAAAACCAACAAAUCUCAAACUGUAUAUGGGACUGGUGUUCACUGUGUCUCCAUUUGUGCCAGCCCUUCUGGAAAAGGAAUAUUGUCUGGUCAUGCUGAUGGAGCUAUUGUUAGAUAUAUUUUUGAAGACGAUGGCUCAGGUUUGACACAGGGACAAGUAGUAAAGCAUUCUUGUCCGCCUUAUGCACUCUGCUGGGGGUCAUCCAUUAUGGCUGCUGGUUGUGACAAAAGAAUUAUUGCAUACGGGAAAGAAGGUCGAAUUCUGCAGAACUUUGAUUACUCACAAGACUUAGAUGAAAACGAGUUCACUGUUGCAGUAACCAGUCCAAGCGGACAAAGUGUAGUGGUGGGAAGUUACGAUAGGUUGAGAGUGUUUAACUGGAGUCCAAGGCGAGCUGCAUGGGAAGAAUCUAAGCCAAAAGAAAUACAUAAUCUUUACACUAUUAGUUCUUUAUCCUGGAAAAGAGAUGGAUCUAAACUUAUUGCUGGAACUUUGUGUGGUGGUGUUGAGCUAUUUGACUGCUGCCUCCGAAGAUCGGUUUACAAAAAUAAAUUUGAAAUGACAUACGUUGGUUUAAGCCAGGUUAUUGUUAAAAAUCUGGCAAAUGGAACAAGAGUGAUUUUAAAAUCACAUUAUGGUUAUGAGAUUGAUGAGGUGAAGAUAAUGGGUAAAGAUAGAUUCUUGGUUGCGCAUACAUCAGACACUCUUUUAGUUGGAGAUUUAAAUGAAAACAAAUUGAGUGAAGUUCCAUGGCAUGAUUCCGGUGGAAAUGAAAAGUUUUUCUUUGAAAAUGAAUUGGUUUGUAUGGUAUUCAACGCAGGCGAAUUAUCACUGAUUGAGUAUGGACAGAAUGAAGUGCUGGCUACUGUAAGAACUGAGUUCAUGAAUCCACACUUAAUAAGUGUUCGACUUAACGAACGAAAAUUAAAAGAGCAAGAUGACAACAAGAAAUUAGCCUACCUGAUCGAUUUAAAGACGAUAUGCGUCAUGGAUUUACAAACUGGUAUGGCGUUGGCAAAUGUUCCACAUGACACGAAAAUUGAUUGGUUGGAAAUGAAUGAAACAGGCAGAAAAUUGUUGUUUCGGGACAAAAAAUUGAGAUUGUAUCUUGCAGAUGUUGCGACAGAAAUGAAAACAACAAUUUCAAAUUACUGCUCUUAUGUGCAGUGGGUUCCAAUGAGUGAUGUUGUGGUUUCUCAAAGCAGAAGUGAUCUAUGUGUUUGGUAUAAUAUCGAUUCUCCAGAACGUGUGACCAUGGUGCCCAUCAAGGGCGACAUUGUCGAUUUGGAGAAAGUUGAUGGAAAAACCAACGUUGUAGUUCAAGAAGGUGUACAAGCUAUAAAUUAUACGUUAGACGAAGGCCUAAUUGAGUUUGGUACUGCCAUAGAAGAUGGCGAUUACGUAAGAGCUGUAUCAUUUCUUGAAACUUUGGAAAUGACUCCAGAAACAGAAGCUAUGUGGAAAACGUUAAGCAAGAUUGCCAUUGAAAACAAUCAACUCUUCAUAGCAGAAAGAUGUUUUGCAGCUUUAGGAGACGUCUCACGUGCAAGAUAUCUUCACAAUGUCAAUGAUUUAAUAGAUGAAGUGUCGGCUGUAACGAGUGGCGAUCCUACCUAUCACCCUGCGGUGCGUGCAAAGAUGGCUGUGUUUGAGAAGCAGUUCAAGUUAGCUGAAAGUAUUUACUUGGAGCAAGGUUUAGUUGAUGAAGCAAUGGAAAUGUAUCAAGAACUUCACAAAUGGGAUGAGUCGUUGGCGAUAGCUGAAGCUAAGCGGCACCCUGAAUUGGACACACUUCGCAGUACAUAUUUUCAAUGGUUGAUGAAGUCUGGUCAAGAGGAGAAAGCAGGAGAGGUGAAAGAAACCAAUGGUGAAUACCUUGAAGCAAUCAAUCUUUACAUGAAAGCCAACCUACCAGCAAGAGCAGCACGGUUAGCUCUGCGAAUUCCAAGUCUUUCAUCUGAUAAUGAUUUAUUGGAACGGAUAGCUGCUGCGUUAUUAAAAGGAUCUUUUUACGAUAAGGCUGGUGAGUUGUUCGAGAAAACAAAUUCGCAUCAACGUGCACUUGAAGCUUAUCGAAAGGGUAAAGCGUAUCGUCGAGCAGUUGAAAUGGCUCGUACUUCAUUCCCUCAAGACGUAAUCCGAUUAGAAGAAGAGUGGGGUGAUUACCUGGUUGCACACAAACAACUAGACGCAGCUAUAAAUCACUAUAUUGAAGCUGGAUGUUCUGUGAAGGCGAUUGAAGCAGCCAUACAAGCACGUCAAUGGAACAAAGCUGUCCAAAUUAUUGAGCUGCAAGAUGACGAGGAGAUGGAAAAAUAUUAUCUUAUUCUCGCUAAGCAUUACGCUCAUGUUCAAGAAUACCAGGCUGCGGAAAGAUUUUAUGUUCGUGCUGGUUUACCAAGAGCUGCGGUGGAGAUGUACACAAAAGCAAAUAAAUAUGAAGCUGCUCAUAAGCUUGCCGUCCGAUGCAUGAACCCUGAGGAAGUCUCUAGUCUAUAUAUUACUCAAGCUGAAGAAUUGGAAUCACAAGGGAGAUUUAAAGAAGCAGAAAGACUGUAUAUUACUGUUGAUGAAGCUGACCUUGCUAUAAACAUGUACAAGCGUGUCAAAAUGUUUGAUCAAAUGAUUCGACUUGUUCAUGAAUUUCAUGAAGAUCUCAUCACCGAUACACAUCUACAUCUAGCUAAGGAGCUGGAAGUAGAAGGCCAGUACAGUACAGCUGAACAUCACUAUAUCGAAGCAGGCGAUUGGAAAGCAACUAUUAAUAUGUACAGAAGCAAUGAAUUAUGGGAAGAUGCUUUCAGGAUUGCAAAGCAACAUGGAGGAGCAGCCAUAGCUAAGCAAGUGGCGUACUUGUGGGCGAAGAACUUGGGCGGUGAUUCUGCUAUAAAACUUUUGCAGAAACUUAACUUGUUGGAACAGUGUGUGGAAUAUGCUGUUGAUACAACGGCAUUUGAUUUUGCAUUCGAGUUGUCGCGAACGUUUAGCAAAGAAAAGUUAGCUGGAAUCUACUUAAAAUACGCCAUGUUUCUUGAAGAUGAAGGAAAGUUUAAAACUGCAGAGGAACAAUUCAUAAAAGCAGAUAGACCCAAAGAAGCUGUACUUAUGUAUAUCCAUCAAGCAGAUUGGGAUGAAGCUAAAAGAGUUGCUGAAGAAUACGAUCCCGAAAGUUUGGUUGACGUGUUAGUUGGACAGGCGCGUGUUUCGUUCGAUAAUCAAGAAUUUGCUGAUGGAGAAACCUUCUUGCUUCGUGCACAGCGACCUGAACUUUGUAUAAAGUUUUAUAGGGACUACGACCGAUGGCCUGAUAUUCUUCGAAUUGCCAAGGAGUACCUACCUCACAAGCUUGCUAGUUUCCAAGAUGAAUAUGAUCGUAUUGCAACAACGAGUAACAGUGACAAAGGAGCGGAAUCUUUGGUGACACAAGCACGUGACUGGGAGACAAGAAAUGAAUACAAUCGCGCUAUUGAUUUGUACUUGCGCAUCACAACUGAUAUGACUACAAAUAAAUCGUUGCUAGAAGAAGUGUAUACAAAAGCUGUUGAGUUGGCAGUCAAAUUUUCUAAAGAUCGCGCGAUCAGUAUUGCUCAAGAAGUCUGUAAACGUCUCCUGGAGGUUGAUAUGUAUGAAACGGCUUCAGAUUUGUACCAAGCCGUGAAGUUGUACCGCGAAGCUAUUACAGCGUGUAUUUCAGGAGAUAUGUGGGCUGAGGCUCGUUCAAUUGCAUCCGAUUUGGCGCCGAAGUAUGAGGACUAUGUGGAAGAGAAAUACGUCGAAUACUUAAAGAGUAAACAAAUGGCGGACAAGUUGAUUGGUGUGGAUGUGAUAGCAGCUCUAGAUAUGUAUGUCGAGCAGCAACAAUGGGAGAAAUGUAUUCAAGAAGCAGAACAGCAAAGUUAUGAUGUGCUAACCAAGUAUGUAGCCCUUUAUGCUGCACAUUUAAUAAAAGAAAAAGAUCAUGUCCGUGCCUUGUCCUUAUUUGUUCAACAUGGAGCUCCACCAAACUCACAGAACUUUAACAUCUAUAAACGAUUAGUAGAAGAUUUGGUUCGACAGCCAGGUUUAGAUGGUGCUGAGUCAUAUAAAGUGUGGUCAGACUUACGAACAAUGCUUUACAACCUUUGCGAGGGAUUUACAAAACAACCAACGAAUCCUGCCGUCAUGGAGAUUUUCUCCAAGAUGUUACUUAUUUCACAUUAUUAUGCAGUCAGAGCUGCUGCGAAACCUCACAGUUCAUUGGAAGUGAUUUGUACGAAGAUAGCAGUUUCAUUACUUCGAUAUACGGAUAUUAUUCCAUGCGAUAAAGCAUUUUAUGAAGCAGGCACAGCAUGUAAGACAAUUGGCUGGGAGAACAUGGCGUUUGUCUUCCUGAACAGGUUUUUGGAUUUGAGUGAAGGCAUCGAAGAAGGCAGUUUGGAUAACAUGGAUAAUACAGAUUUUCUUGAAACUGAUAUUCCAUUGGAGGUUCCCGUUCCAGAAUCUCAAUACCUCAACGAAGAUCAACUUGAGGAAGUAAAAGAGUGGGUGUUAGCUGUGUCAAUGGAUCAGAAAGUGGAACAAAUAUUACCUGUUGACGAGCGUGGUUGCUACGAAGCUUCCUUGAUAGCUCCAAACUCAGAUUCUUUACCUUGCGUCAUAUCUGGAUAUCCUGUUUUGAGAAACAAGCUUGAAUUUAAAAAUGAAGGAAAGGUUGCAAAUAAAGAUGACUGGAACAAAUUUGCCAUGACUACAAAGGUUUCCCAUAGUUCAGAAUGUCAAGAUGUCCUCAGGUUCCUAACACAAUGGUGUGGUUCUUCACCAAAUUCAACUUUCUCAUUCAUGUGAAUAUAAGAAGUAUAUAUAUAACAAAGUGGAUUUUUUUAGAUGUGCAUAAAGUUAAUGUAAAUUAGAUAAUUCGAACCAGAUUUUUUUUAAUUAUGGAUUAUAUAAUUUAGUGAUUUUUUUUACGACAGUUGAAUUUCGCUGUAAAAUACAUUUGCGACAUUUCUCCGCGCUGGAUGUUGUAAAAUAAUGAUUGUAUUCUUCGAAUUUAAGGUUAAAACUUUAAGGUUAAAUAUUCUUUAUAAAGGUUGGUUUUCAUUAUAAUAAAAAAAAUUGUUGACCAACUGCUGUUGCCACUUUAAUGGAACUGAAUGCUGCACAACGAAUGUAUCUCCAUAACAGUUGCAAAACAACUACUGACUUUGAUGGAAAACGACCUUAAAAAUUACCAUUUUACGGCGGAAGUCAUGUGUAGACUGUGUUUAGAAAGAUUGUAAUUAUAAGUUUAUUUAUUAAUUUAUCAGCCUAACUUUGA